UGCAUCUACCCCGACCAGUUCUCUCACUGAUAUCGUGCAAAAUGGAUCGUUGGGUAGGAAAGGUGGCGAUCGUAACCGGCGCCAGCUCUGGAAUAGGAGCUGCCACCGUACAGGCUCUGGCUCGCGCCGGUAUGACCGUCGUAGGUCUUGCACGUCGGGCCGAGCGUGUCGAGGAGUUGAAGAAAAGCCUUCCACCCGACGUUGGAAGCCGUAUACACGCGUUCCGGUGUGAUGUGACCAGUGAAGAGUCGAUCGUGAACGCUUUCGGUGCAGUCGAGCGUCAGCUAGGUGGGGUGGAUGUGUUGAUUAACAAUGCGGGCGUAUCGAAACAAUCCUGCACACUGUUAACCCCGGGCAAUUCGGACGAUCUGCGCACCGUGCUGGACACGAACGUAAUGGGGCUGGUGCUCUGCACCCGGGAAGCAUUCCAAUCGAUGAAGCGUCGCCAGAUUGCGGGGCACAUAGUGAACAUUAACAGCAUCCUCGGCCACAAGUACGUCCCGUUCCCGAACCUAAACCUCUACAUGGCCUCCAAGUAUGCCGUUACGGCGAUAACGGAAACGUUGCGAAAUGACCUGCGCAACGAAGGAACCAAGGUGAAGGUUACGAGCAUCAGCCCGGGUAUUGUGCGAACGGAGAUGAUCCCGGAGGGUAACCAGUUUGCCGAUACGCCCAUGCUGGACGCCGAAGACAUUGUAGGUGCGAUACUGUACGCGCUCGGCACGCCGGCCCAUGUGCAGGUGCACGAGGUUAUCAUUAAGCCGGUGGGCGAGAUGGCUUAGUGAAAGCGUAGGAAAUGGUGUUUUUGUUUUUUUUUUUUUGGAUUAAUAAAAAUAAACUUGAUUUAGUGUUAUUUCUUCAUAAAGUCACAGAAAAAAAAACAAAUCUUCUCCACUCAUUUCAAGCAGCAAUGCAACUUUUUUUCUGUCAGCUAUCAGCUAGGUUUCGAUGAAGUGGUUCUGUAUACCAAUAGAAUAGUAAAGCGUUAAUAGUGUGCACUCAGAUCGAACACGUGUCCCAAGUUGCGCAAGUGUUUUUGUUCACACGUGAGAGCCUCUUCACGCUAAUGAUGUAACGCAGCUAGAGUCGUAGAUCUGCUGUGUCAUGAUGUACACAGGGGAGCGUUAGACGGAUGCAAUUAUUAGCAGGCGUUUGAAUAUGGUGGGUGCGUUCUUACACAAAAAUGUCGAUUAUAAUGAAUGGAAUAGUUUAUCCUACAGCUCGACUACAGAUGAAUGGUACAAUUUUAUUUUACUUUCUUUAUUUUACUAUUACAAAUGCGAAUACAAAUACAGAACACUAAUUCUGGUCUGAUCA